AGGAUCAUGCUCUGUGCUUCUGUUGAAUGAGUAAAUGCCUAUGGCUGCACAGUCCAAAGGAAGGGCUACAUCAUGUUCUCAGCUAGUCAAGCUCCUUAAUGCAAUAUUUAAAAAAAUUUCCUGGAUAUUCCACUGAUGUGAUUUUGGCAGCAAGAAGUAUGAGCUGUUAUGUAGCAGUUGCAUGUGAAGAGAAGACAGAGUAUAAGUUGUCGUCAGAAGAUCCUGUCCUAAGCUGGGCCUGAAAGCUCAUCCAGCUUUAAAUGCUCUGUGGCUAUUCUAACCACCAGUCAGUGACAUUGAAACCUGUUUGCUGCAGGUAUCAGAUCCCCAGACGAGUGAGGACAGAUAGGUCUCACAAUUGUCCUCGACAGAUUGGCAUCGCCAUGAAAAGUGACUUUUUCUACUGAUCCCCAUCUGACGUAAACAAAAUCCAGAAGUAGAAAAGGCAAGUCCCUCUGCCACAAUGAGCUCUGAACAUGAAGAAAUUGAUGUUGCAAAAACUGUUGUCAAUGGGCUGAGCAGCAAUGGACAAGAAAAAGCUGUUGACGUCCCUUUAUGUACACGUUCUAUUUCUGCCGUUAAAAUAAUCCCUGUGAAGAAAGUGAAAAGUUCUCCUCACCUAGUGCUGCCUACAGAAAUGGAUCCCACAAAAGUCUGCAGUGGAAAAGGAGCUGUAACUCUCCGGGCAACUCCAUCCUAUGAAGGGAAUCGGAAUGUCACUUCACCAUGUCCUCAGGAUGCUGAGCAACCUGAAAGUCUGGAGCCAGAAAACUCAGAAACAGAUGAUUGGAAGUCGUCGUCUCACUCUGAUGCCAAUGGGGAUGCCCAGCCAUCUUCUCUGGCUGCCAAGGGUUAUAGGAGUGUGCGUCCAAACCUCUCUGCAGAGAGCAAGCCACAGGCUCCUCCCCGUCCUCCUCUUCCCAAAGAGGAAAGCUUUGCAUGGCGCCCUCGCACUGACACUAAAGCGACCAACCUGUUGCCAGUGCCCAUCAUGGACUGUGUGUACCUGAAUGCACCCAAGCCUUACUCACAGCGUGCGUCACCAAACACCAGUGCACGCUGUUAUUUGUCAUCACCUACCCCCUACGGGGCUGUCCCCAUAGGGAAGCAAGGCUUGCCAGCAGGGUGUUCUCCCUCUUCAGGCCCCAAAGAUGAGGUGCAUGCUGGGCAGCCACUCUUGGAAAGUCACUCCUCAUCAGGUGCAUCAUCCAUACAACUCAACCCUGUCAGGGCAGAUCCCAGUAGUAAGGCUGGAAUGAAUUCCAGUCAUGAGACGAAGGCGGAUAAAAAGGUCAGCAAACUAUAUGUAGCUUGUUUAUCUAACAGCACUUGCUCAGGCGCAUCUCAAAAUUCCACUGGCACCACACAUGACCCAGCCAGCACCAGUUUGGGCGCUGAGCUCACUGAGGCACCAGCCACCAACAUUGUUCCCUCUGUAACAGACACUGAAAAGUCUCUUCCUGCUGCUCCUCCUCCUCCUAUUCCUCCCAGGCCGUACUUUUACAUUGUCCUCAGCAAAGACGCAGUUAGUUAUGGUGCAGGCCAGCCCUCCCGGACUCAGCCAUCACCUCCGCAAGCUGUGAGGGACAGAGUGCUAGAGCCCCAGAGCACAGCUGCUACAGAGGACAGGAUGAGAAAAGAGCCUUACCUUACUCAGCAGCGACAGCCACCAUACAAGGCAAUGGGACGCAGCAUGGAUGCCACUGCCACCACCUCAGCUCAGCCUGGAGUUAUAGUAGUCCCCCUCCUUCAGGUUAAUCCAGACAGACAGCAAGAAGGCAGCUCCAGCACUCCACCACCGCCUCUGGUUCCUUUCGGGCAAGGCUCCGUAAUCCCUGCGAUUGUUCCUCCUGGCUCACCCUUGACUUUUCCAACUCUUGACGAUUUCAUUCCCCCACAUCUCCAGAGGGGCUCCCACCAUAACCAAGCACCCUCCACAUCUGGCACAUUACCCUCUGUUUACCCGAAACUGCCAUUCUUCUCAUCACCACCUUCACUUGUCCCUCCAGUCACGGGGGCUUUGCACAAGGGCUUGAAGCCUGAAAUCACUGGAGUCAUCUCACAUACAGACCCAGGUCCUGUGCUAAAUGAAGUGCCCCAGCCUGGCACUGACUAUCCAAGCUCCAUCACUUCCAUCAGCAAGUCUGCCUCUGCCUAUCCUUCUACCACAAUCGUCAAUCCCACUAUUGUCCUGUUGCAGCACAAUCGAGAACAGCAAAAAAGGCUUAGUAGCCUGGCAGAUUCAGUGCCAGACAGAUUAGUUUCUGACAGAGUUGAUUCAGCACUUCUGCGGGACAAGCCGGCUCAGGAGGCUUUGCCAAGUGAGAAGAGGGCAGUGGAGGAGAAGAGAAGCACUGUCAGGAGCCCUCCCUACAUGGCUGAUACCUCUGUUGAUGACAUUGGAAUUCCACUGAGGAAUACAGACAGAUCGAAGGACUGGUACAAGACGAUGUUCAAACAGAUCCACAAGCUAAAUAGAGACAAUCCUGAAGAAAACCCUUAUUGCCCUACCUACACAUUUCCUGAACUUCCUGAAAUCCAGCAAAAAACUGAAGAAGACAAUCCUUAUUCUCCUACAUACCAGUUUCCUGCGUCUACUCCUAGUCCUAUCUCUGAAGAUGAUGAUUCUGAUUCAUUCUCUCCACGUUAUUCCUAUUCUGAGGACAGCAGAACCCAAGUUCCCCGCUCCAAAAGUGAGAUGGACAAUAUAGAUUCAGAGAAGGUUGUGAAGAGGUCUGCCACUUUGCCACUGCCAAACCGUGCUUCAUCACUGAAAUCAAGCCCAGAAAGGACUGACUGGGAGCCUCCAGACAAGAAGGUGGACACCAGAAAAUACCGUGCAGAACCCAGGAGCAUUUAUGACUAUCAGCCAGGGAAGUCCUCUGUUCUGAACAACGAAAAGAUGACUCGGGAUAUAAGCCCAGAAGAGAUAGAUUUAAAGAAUGAACCUUGGUAUAAAUUCUUUUCGGAAUUGGAGUUUGGGAAACCGCCUCCAAAAAAGAUUUGGGAUUAUACUCCUGGAGAUUGCUCUAUCCUUACUAGAGAGGAUAGAAAGAGUGAUCUAGAAAAAGACCUCUACCUCUACCAGACUGAGUUAGAGGCAGAUUUAGAAAAAAUGGAGAAGCUUUAUAAAGCACCACAUAAAAAGCCACAGAAGAAUACAGCAGGUGUUACUCCUCUGGAAACUUCCACAGACCAUUCUUCCUACUCCACUUAUUCACCCAACUACCAUGCAGUGAAGAGGGAGUCAGAGCUAGCUGUGGGGGACCCUACUGCCUUGGAGAAUGAAAGGCAGAUUUACAAGAGUGUGCUGGAAGGUGGAGAUAUCCCAUUCCAGGGGCUGAGUGGUCUCAAGCGCCCUUCGAGUUCUGCUUCCACAAAAGAUUCAGAAUCACCAAGGCAUUUUGUACCAGUUGAUUACAUGGAAACUCCAGAAGAAAUCCUCCGCAGGCGGUAUGAUGAUAAAGAGAAACUUUUAGAGGACCAGAGACGGCUUAAACGUGAGCAAGAAGAAGCUGAUAUUGCCGCUAGAAGGCACACAGGGGUUAUUCCAACGCACCAUCAGUUUAUCACUAAUGAACGAUUUGGGGACCUCCUAAAUGUAGACGAUACUGCAAAGAGGAAAUCUGGGUCAGAGAUGAGACCUGCUAGAGCCAAGUUUGACUUUAAAGCACAGACGCUAAAGGAACUUCCUCUGCAAAAAGGAGAUAUUGUUUACAUUUACAAGCAGAUUGACCAGAACUGGCUUGAAGGUGAACACCAUGGCAGAGUUGGCAUCUUCCCACGAUCAUACAUAGAGUUCAUUCCACCAGCUGAGAAGGCUCAACCCAAAAAGCCAUUACCAUUGCAAGUAUUGGAAUAUGGAGAUGCUAUUGCUAAGUUCAACUUCAAUGGGGAUACCCAAGUGGAAAUGUCCUUCAGAAAGGGUGAAAGGAUCACGUUGAUUCGACGAGUGGAUGAGAACUGGUAUGAAGGAAGAAUCCCUGGCACCAGUCGCCAGGGCAUCUUCCCCGUCACGUACGUGGAGGUGCUCAAGCGGCCAGUGGUCAAGAACGCCAUUGACUAUCCCGACCCACCUGUGUCCCUCUCCCCCAGCCGCAGCAUCACAGCCUCACCACAGUCUCCCAGCUCUGAGCUGCUCCAUACUCCAACUCCUCCGCCUUUGCCUUUUGCGCGCCGCGCUUUGUCUCCAGAGGUGCAGGCGGUCACAUCCGAGUGGAUUGCUCUGACCGUGGGAGUGUCUCCCAGCACCACUCCUGCCAUAACUCCUCCAUUGCCUCCUCCGCCCGAAGCCUCCCUCUCUCACCCUGACUAUCUCUCGCCUUCUGCUGCAGCCAGCCCUUCCCCCACAGUCAGCCUCCACCAUUCUCAUCUCUCUGGCUCCUCGACUUCCAGGUCCGUUAGGUCCCCAUUGCCCUCUUCCUCAUCCAGACCUCAAUCCUCUGCCCGCAGUUUCUACCAGGCCACUCCACAAAACGAAGAGAAGUUUGUUGACUCCCCUUCUCCCAGCGUGACUUACUCUAACUCCUCUCGCUGGGCAGUGGAGAGCCCCGAGAGCGUCCUCGCAGAGCAGCGUGACACCACUGCCAGCCCAGCCUGGCUCCCAAAAGCAGGAGAGGGCAGCAGCCACGCUGAGCAGAGUGCUCAUGCUGUCCCCAAGAUCUCUGUUGAGCGCUGCCUGAAACCGUCCCAGCUAGACAUGCGUGCGAGCCCAGAAAGGAGAGCUGUGGGUUCCUCUGAGGACAACCAGUUGUGUCAGGAGCUAAUGGCUAUUGUUCAGGGAGGUAAAACAGAGAAAAGAGACGUGAGGAAAGGUGAUACAGGAAAGUUUCAAAGCGGGGAAAAGAAGACUGCAGACUCAAAAGUAUUCUCUUCAUCUGCUCCUCUCUCUUCCUCUACCCUCUCUUCCUCUACUGUCACAACCCAGCCACCUCCCAGACUUACACGCAGAGUCAAUAAGCCACAGCCUUCCCACCAUUCAUUGAGAGCUGGACCAGAUCUCACAGAGUCUGAAAAGAGCUAUGUGGAAGCUGUUUGCAAUGAAAUCAUAAACAUUGCAGAAAAGUCUGUUCAUUACUGCAGUACUAUUUCUCAGCCUCUUGACUCUCGCCACAAGGUGACCUCUAAUGACCAUAAAUCAUCUCUCAUCAUUUCUCAGCAACCUCAAGCACAGCAGCAAGGAGCCAGCCCUGAGCGAAGUCAAACACCACGAGACAUAGUUAGCUACCAAGCCCUCUACAGCUACACUCCUCAGAAUGAUGAUGAGCUGGAACUGAGGGACGGUGACAUUGUUGAUGUCAUGGAGAAAUGUGAUGAUGGCUGGUUUGUGGGUACAUCCAGGAGAACAAGGCAAUUUGGCACCUUCCCAGGCAACUACGUGAAGCUUCUGUACCUGUAAAGUAACAGGGAUCCCACCCUGACAAGGAUGGUGGGAUUCCUUUCCAGAUGGUGUUUUUAAACAGUGAAGAAACAGACAAUUUAUGAAUGUAAUAGACAAGAGAUGAGAAGUGUUAGGAGGAUGUGGUUAUGUGGUACACUAUUGAGUUGAAUGUGUAGCCCUGCUUCCAUGGAGUCAGGGUGUGAUUUGUUUGCUGAAGAAGAGACAGUUUCUAGUUUACAGUGCUGCCUUUGUGUAUUCCUCUCCCUUUCCCAGUAAAAGUUUUGAUGAUAAUCUUAAUUUGUACGGAGUACUUACCUCUGAGAAGGCUUCAGGGAAGCACAUGGUAUAGGUUUUGUUUGUGUGUUGAGAUAGGGUAGUGCUUUGGGGCGGUACUCAGCCCCGCAGCUGCUCACGUUGGUUGGCACGGAGUUCAGGCACAGGAGUUCAGGAAACAGGCCUGCUGCCCGUUUCUGCCUUGCUGAAGACUCACUUUUCUCUGCCUUCUAUUUCCAUAGAAAACCUUUCCUUCAUGUCAUGCAUCUUAAGACCCAGCAGAGGCGGAGGACAGCUGAUACAAUUGAAUUGCAGAGCUCUGUGUGGAGAAGGAGUUUGGGAUUGGUGAUUUAAUCCAGAGAGGUCAGCCAAAGCAUAAUGCAAAAGUGCAAAAAAUCCCAAACCCUUCAAUAACAUAUCACGGAUCUCUGCAGGGUUUUUUCUUUUGUGCAGGGUGUGUGUGUGUGAAUGUAUUGUGUGCAAAAUUAACUGAGUCCUGUUUUUUAAAGAGAAAUCAGCCUAGCUUUGACAUUUAUCUGCACAAAGAGUAGAACCAAUAAACAGAACAUCCGCGAGGGCAAAUUCUGUUUAUGAGUCCUACAGCUGUUCACUUUCUCUGCUCCUCUUGCCCUGUGGCUGGCCCUAAAGGAUCACACACCUUUUCCAGUGUAUGCUCUGGGAUGAAAUGCUGGGACUUCUUUCCUGGCAUUAAAUCUUAGAGGCUCUGAUAAAUCUGAACAAUGUAUCACUGAGGGUGCCUUUUUUUUCAUUUUGGUUACAGUGUUGAUGGUAGGUCAAAUAAAUACACGCAUUUUGGCUGCCUCUUAGUCAUACAAAAAAGUUUAAUCAAUUUGAAAAGCUGUUCCCAGCAGUUAUUACCAGUUACAUAGAUUUGUAUUUCCUUGAGGGGAAAAAAAAACCCUAUGGCUUGGCUGUAUGUUUGCCUCUAUGAAUACUCUUUUGAUAGACUUUUUGUUAUUAAGAAAAAGCAUAAACAAAACCAAUUCUAUCAGACUCUGCUUCCUACAAUUGCCGUACAAAUAGCAAAGGGUAGAUUGCUAUUUUGUCAUAAGCCGUAUUUAAUAAUAUAAAAUGCCUAUUUUUAUGCUGAUGCUUUUAUACAGAUUUAUUAAGAGUAAACUACAACUAACUGUUAGCACGACUUGCAAUGUUUUGAUAAACUAGCCAUGCUCCUGGGUUUGAAAUCAAGUAGGCUUGUCUUCCGUCUCAGUCAGCGGAAGAGAAGACUCUGUGUCUCAGAAGUUUGACUGUAAAUAUGUAUAUUUAACUUUGUACAGACAAUGUACUUACCUUGUAUAGAGAAAUAAUUUAAACACAUUGAGUGAAGGGAGGGGAAAAAAGGCAGUUGUGAAAGGUUGGGAGUUUUUAUCCACUUUAAUUUAAGUGAUGGAAUUCUGUGUAUGUUCACAUAAAGAGUUUUAGCACAAAAUAUUCUUUAUGAAAGGUUUCAGAUAUGAUACAAAGCACCGCUGUUUAUUUUCUGCAGGAGGUAUCUUGAAUCCUGCAUCUUAUUUAUGGGUUAGUUGUUCUGCUUUGGGUUUGCCCUCCAGUUAUUUGCAACAAUGUUUAGGCCUGUUGGUAAGAUUGGAUAACACCAAAUAAAUGUAUCCAGCAAAGUAACAUGUUGAUAUUGACUGUAUAUAACAUACUCAUUUAAAAGUUAAUUUUCUGUUCCUGCUCUUGCCAGUUUAAGUUAAACACUAACACACACACACACACACACACGCACCACACAUAUCCACACAAACUGCAACUUCUUUUUGUGUUGAUUUUUUGUUUCUUAUUGCAGUGGAUUACUAUUUGGCAAUUAAUAAAUGGAAUUAUUGAAUUAC